UUUAAGUUUCUUCUCUUUUGAGGAGAAAACCAUAUGAAUAUAAUAAAGUUUAGUUUGAGUUUGGACUUUCCUGAGACUGUAAGAUAAAUACUACCUCUCCUCUCUCUGAAUUAACCAGGAUCUCACGGUUCAGGGCUGAUAAGAGUUAAUGAACAUGAAUUUACAGCUUCAAUAAUCUCCCGGAGUCCAAGGUUAAAUAUUAAACCGACCAUCCAACAUAUUGAAUAUCAGAUCAGUAUUAUUGUUUAUGUUGGCUGAGGUUAGUUUUACUAUGCACCACUAUUCAAGUAGUUAAGUUCUUUUCUGUUAUGACUGGAUGUUAAACUAGAUAGUGAAAUAAAGUUCUAUGGCAUUCAAUCUCUUUAUGUAGUGUUCAUGUUUUAUGGUGUUUCCUGAGCUAGAAUGAUAGCAAGCAUAGCUACAGGGUUAGUAUAUAUAAAUAUAGUAUAAAUACAUAUAGUAGUACAUAUUAGUAGUAAACAUAUAGAAUCACGGCUUUGGUCGUAAGGGCAUUAGAACAUGAGGCCCCAUUUCUUCUCUGUUCUGCCCCCUAUUUUCACCUAAAAAGGGUCAAAACAGUCCAAACCAGUAGAGUAUAAUGGCGGUCUAUAGAGAUGAAGAAGGCAUGCUGAGGGCAAGUCCGCCAUGAAUGGUGCUAAGGGUUUAACUCUAACGUCCACUCAGAGGCAUCGCAGAAGAUGCAACAUGGGUUGCAUCAGGCUGGUCCAUGUGAGCAGGAAUGUAGCAGUGGGGCAGACUUAUCAGUGGCAGGGGGGAGAGUUCAGUUACCCAGGCAUCCCAAGCUGUCAGGAUCUCCUCAGGAAGGAGCAGGUUAUUCCAUUCUCUCGGCAUUCCCACAGGCGUAAAAGAGUAAUUUGGCUUUUGUGGUGAAGUGAAGAAGGAGACCCACAGGGUCAUAGUGACUAGCCAGCACCCGAUAAACAUUUCUGAUGUAAUGCUCCACAGUCAGUUCUACUGAGCAUCUGAUACUGUGGUGGAGGAGAGUGGUCACUCCCAUCAUGUUUGCAAGGAUGUGUGCAUGCACGUCCCACCAACAGAGAAGUCUGCAUCAACAAUCAUAAACUUUAUUACACUCCAAUAAUAGGCGGGGCGUUUCUAUGCCUCCACUGGAGAAAACUCUGAGACCUGUUCAUAUUUUACGCAGAUUUUAUUCUUAGUCGGAGGAUAUUUGAUUAUAUAUUUUUUUUGUAUUUAAGAAGCUUCUAAAACAUGUGAAAACAAACUCAACUCUUCCCCCAUGAUAAGGUCACCAUAAUGUACAGUAUUUCUGUUUUGCAGUGAAAACUUGUGUGAAAGACAGAGAUAAUGUCUGAUAAAGAGCGGCUUUUGAAUACACUGAAAGAUUUGUCAGAUGAAGAAUUCAAGGAGUUCAAGUGGUUCCUGCAGCAGACUGACAUCCUGGUAGGAUUUCAGGCCAUCCCAAAGAACCAACUGGAAAAUGCAGACAGGCUGGACACAGUCGAUAAGAUCAUACAAACCUUCAGCCAUCAGUCUGUAGAAGUGGUGAAGCUGGUUUUCAAGAAGAUUAAUAGGAAUGAUCUGGUGGAGAAAUUAUCAAGCAUCAGCCCAGGAGCACAAGGCGAGUCUCCAUCUAAACCUACCGACCUGCUCCUGAACCCUCCGGUGGACAGAGCUCCGAAUACCAACACCUCAUCCAAAUAUGACAACAUCAUCUGCAAAGUUAAGAUCCAUUCAGGAUCUCCUGCUGUGUAUCGGCUGAAACCAAAGAAAGAGAACAUUGAAUCUCUGACAAGAAUGACUCUUGGUGAAAAAAAUCCAAAUAACAAAAACAAAACCAUCUUACUUGUUGGUGAAACAGGAACAGGAAAAUCUACUCUGAUCAACGCUCUGGUCAACUACACCAUGGGAGUGGAGUGGGAGGAUGAUGUCUGGUUUCAGAUCGUAGAAGACGAGAAGAGAAGUCAAUCAGAAAGUCAGACAUCAGAUGUGAUGGUGUACCAGAUCUUUGGUUUUGAAGAUAAAACUCUGCCCUACUCUCUGACCAUCAUCGAUACUCCUGGAUAUGGAGACACCAGAGGACAGAAUCACGAUGACAUCGUCAGUCAAAGAUUAUUAGACUUGUUCCAGUCAACGGAUGGAGUUCAUGAGAUUGAUGCAGUGGGUCUGGUCAUGAAAGCAAGUGAGAAUCGACUGAGUGACCGACUGAGGUACAUCUUUGAUUCAGUGGUGUAUCCAUUUGGAAAAGACAUGGAGAAGAACAUUGUCGCCCUCAUCACACACUCAGAUGGAAGAACACCAAAAAAUCCUCUACAAGCUGUCGAAGCUGCGAUGAUUAAAUGUGCCAGAAAUGAGAAGAAUCAACCUGUUCACUUCCUGUUUAAUAACCGCCAGGAUGAAGACAGGACAGAGGACAUAAAAGUCCUUAAACGUGCAGAUGCAACAACAACAGAAGGAAUGAUUCAGUUCACAAAGUUCCUUGAAAAAACUGCACCUCAAAAUAUGGAGAAAACCAUGGACGUACUAACCGAGCGCACCAUACUGACAACCUGCAUCCAAAACCUGCAAGAAAAAAUUGAGUCUAUUGAAAAGAAACAGAGAAUUAAAAAGGAGAAUCAGGCACUCCUGAAGAAACACAAACAAGACAUAAAGGAUAAUAAGGAGUACAAAAUAAAUCAAAAGAGCGUCAUCAAAGUUAAAGAACCAAUUGACGGUGGAGAGAACUGGUGGAUGUUGGGGUUGUAUGGAGCUCUCUGCUGUACAAAAUGUAAGAAGACCUGUCACUAUCCAUGCAAAUGUAUCUUUCAUGCAGUAUUCUGUGAGAUUAUAGACUUCAAUGACGCAUGCAAGUCCUGUGGGUGUAAUGAGUCAUAUCAUGUGAAAGAGACCUGGAGGUAUGUGGAGAAGGAAAUCACAAGCAAGGUGACCGUAAAAGCUAUGAAAGAGAAGUAUGAAAAGGGUCGAGCAGGCUUUGAUAAGGCAAAAAGCCUUUUGGAAACUCUUGAGAAGGAAAUAGAAAAACUUCAGAAAGAAAAACAUCAGUGGUUGGAAAAAUCCUUUGAGCAUGUUGUGAAACUGGAGCAGAUCGCCCUGAAGGUUGAUUCAGUGUCCACUCGUGACCACUUGGACUUCCUAAUUAAGAGGAUGAAGGACACAGCGAAGAAGAGGAAACUGGAAGAGAUGAAAAGUCGAGCUGAUGACAAUGAAGGAACCACAGGAGCUGGUAAUGCAAAGAACUAGAUGAACUAGAGUCACUGAGAGCAGACAGCUGUGUAGAAAACAAGGUCUACACUGAUGAUCAAAUAUGUUUUAUUAUAGUUCUAUUAAAGCUACACUAUGUAACUUUUAGCCCUACAGGUUGUCUCAUUGGAACUACAAAUAACACUACCCAACGUAGUUCCAAUGAGACAACCUGUAGGGCUAAAAGUUACAUAGUGUAGCUUUAAGUGUGAUGUUGAUAAGAAAAUUAAAAUGAAAUCACCUUUUCAUUUUUAAUUGUGUAAUUCCUGUAAACAGCUCUCUCUGUGAUGUAAUGUUCUUGUAGUUCCAUGUUUAAGCACCAUUCUCGUAUUUUAUGUUUUAAAUUUUUUUUAUUGUUUUUAACUGCUUAAUGUUGAGUACAGCAGCUUCCUUCCUCUAUAUCACAAACUGAAGUCAGAUAGAGUUGUACACAAAUACAUGUAUUGUUCUUUACUUUGGGUGAAUUGGAUAUUUUAAUGUUUUUCUAAUGUGCUUUUCAGUUAGUAGAAGGCUGUGAUUUAUUUUGAUGUGUACUAAUGUUUGGGAUGACUUUUAGGAUUAAAAUGUUUCAGAAGACAGGAAACAUUGAUUCAUUCAUAUUGGAGUUUAUUUUUUAUUUUGAGUGAAUAAAUAUAUUAUGUUGUUGCUCAUAAAAUCAUAUCCUGACUGAUGCAAUUCUCUGUGAAUCAUUCAUAAAAUAUCAGCUGUUUCUAUUCUUGUAGUUUCAUGUUUAAUCCCCAAAUUCUCACUCCCAUCUCGUCAACAUGCCGAUGCUUGGUCAGACCUUUCUGGUGUCACACCCUGAUGCAGUUUUCUGUCAAAUAUUAAUAAAAUGUCUGCUUGAUAUGAGUUUGUUUAGAGUGUCUUCACUGGAUCAUCAGCAGCUGAUACAGAAGAUAAUCAGUUUGGGAGUCUGAUAACUGACGAUGUGAAACAAAGUUUAUGAUCCAAUCAGAAAGAGGAUUAGAACAUGUUUUAUUUGGUGACUCCUUUUGUCUCAGUGAGUUUCUCUGUUUCUAUUUAGUAUUUAUUGGUUGUUAUGCUGAUUAUGUUUCAUUGUUUUAAACUGGGUUGUUAUUAAAAAGUCUCCUAAACUCAAUAAAGUUUUGAUUUGAAGGGAGAAGAUAAAGCAGCAGUGAUGUUUCCUUUUGACCAGCAGGUGGUGAAAGAAACUAACUGAAGCUGAAACACCCACUGGAGCUGGAAAUUAUACAUCCUUUAUAGUUUACAUAGUUUAAUAACAUGGAAAUAUCAUCACUGUCAAAUAUAAAUCCAAGCACGCUGUUAAUAAACUGUCAUAUCAUCUACCUCAUAAAGAAACCGCUUACAUUAAUUGUCCCAUAUUUAUUGCAGCACCCUUUGCACUCAGCACUAUUGUCUUACUCUUAAAG